UGUAUUCAGGUCCCAUCUGACAUGGCAAUACCGUAAACAUUCGUGCCCUUUUCCCUCACUCGCUCUCUUCAGCGUGUGCACUGUCUCAUCUCUCAGGCUCUCACUCUUUCUCGAGACCCCCUCUCUUCUCCACUCUGAGAACAACCAAAGCAGAAAGAAAGAAAGAAAUCGUACGGACCCAAUCCUCCAAAACCCAAAACCCUAAUUAUUAAUUUUCUUUGCCUCUUUCAAAAAGCUAAAAAGAAUUUACCUUUUCUCCUUCCCUCUCAAAAACCCAAAUCUUUCCGUACAACCCAACAUAAACCCUAAAAACCCAUUUUUAAGCCUUUAGCCUAGCUGUGUGUUUCUCAAAUUAGGGUUUUCCCCUUUUUUUUCUUCAAAAUUCUGAUCUUGUUCGGGUUUUUUCUCUCUUUUUUUUUUUUUAUAUGAAUGGCUACAGGGAAUAUAGAAGGUGAAGAAUCAAAGAACAACAAAGUUUAUACCAGGAAAAACCAUAACAAACCCAAAAAUCCCACCUUUGUUCCUCAACAAUCUACUCAUCUGACUCUAGCUACCACCACUACAACCGAUGAUAACAACUCCUCUCAGCCUCUGCUACACCAAACCUUCGACGUCGUGGCAUCGGACGAUUCGUCGAGCCAUAAUCGGUUGCAGCAGGGUGCCCAGAAUGCUACCAAUGGGAUUGGAAAAGCUGGGUAUGUUAAAUAUGAUAACCUUGUUAAGAUUAACUUGAAUGUUUUAUCCAAGAAUGAGGUUAGACUUUUGAAGAGGAAGCUAGCUACUGAACUUGAGCAAGUUAGGGGUUUAGUUAAGAGAUUUGAAGUUAAAGAAAGUAGGUUGAGUGGGGGGUAUGCGAAUUCACGGGUUUCAGGGAAUGAGAAUGUUGAUAGAGGUGGUGUAAGCUUAGUUAGAGUGAAUUCUGAUGUUGGUUCUGUAGGAUUGCCUAGUUCAAGGUCUUUUCAUGGAUUAUCUGUGUCAGUAGUAGAACAUGAUCAUAGUAACCAUGGUGAUGGUGGUGGUGGUAGUGAGUUUGUGGAGAAGGAGAAGAGAACCCCAAAGGCAAAUCAGUAUUAUAAGAAUUCGGAGUUCGUUUCGGGAAAGGAGAAGUUGAAGCCUACGGAGAGUAAUAAGAAAAUGAAACCGAAAGUUGGGAAGAGUAAUGGGGGUCAAAUGGGAGGUGGGAUUUCAACAGAGAAGUUUUCAAAUCAGUUAUUUAAGAGUUGUAGUGAUUUGUUAGGUAAGUUAAUGAAGCAUAAGUUUGGUUGGGUGUUUAAUAAACCAGUGGAUGUGAAGGGACUUGGGCUGCAUGAUUAUUAUUCAAUUGUUAAGCAUCCUAUGGAUUUGGGUACAGUGAAGAGUAGGUUGAGCAAGAAUUGGUACAAGUCACCUAGGGAGUUUGCGGAGGAUGUGAGACUAACUUUCAGUAAUGCAAUGCUGUAUAACCCGAAAGGACAGGAUGUGCACUUUAUGGCUGAUACAUUGUCAGGGAUAUUUGAAGAAAACUGGGCAGGUAUAGAGUCUGAUUAUAAUCUUAAUAGGCGGCUUGAAAGGAAUCAUGAAUACAGUUUGCCGACUCCAACUUCAAGGAGAAUUCCUGCUCCAGCGCCGGCUCCAGUUCAAGCUCAUGCUCUACCUACGCCUGCUUCUGCUCCUGCUCCUUCACCACUACCAUUUGAAGCUAGGACUCUGGAGAGAUCAGAAUCCAUGACAAUGACUGUUGAUCCCAAGUCAAGAGCUGUGGACUUGACUCCUACAGGUAGGAUUGCAGUACCAAAGAAACCCAAGGCAAAGGAUCCUGAUAAGAGGGAUAUGACUUACGAGGAGAAGCAAAGACUCAGUGUAAACCUCCAGAACUUGCCUUCAGAGAAACUUGAUAGCAUUGUCCAGAUCAUUAAGAAGAGGAAUCCAGCACUCUUCCAGCAAGAAGAUGAGAUUGAGGUGGAUAUUGACAGUGUUGAUCCUGAAACGCUUUGGGAACUUGAUAGAUUUGUGACCAACUAUAAGAAGAGUUUGAGCAAAAACAAGAAAAAAGCUGAAAUUGCUCAUCAAGCAAAUGCAGAAGCUGACCAUAAUAUUCACAAGACUAUUCUGGAACCACUUGCUGAAGACGUAAUGAAAGUAGCUGAAACAGCAGUGGAGAAGAUUGUUCCCACAUCACCUCCAAUUCAUGGAGAAAGGCUACAAAAUAAUGAGAGUGGAUCAAGUAGUUCAAGCAGUUCUAGCAGUGACUCUGGCUCCUCAUCAAGCGACUCUGACAGUGAUGGUUCUUCUGGAUAAUGUGAACUGUUCACCUUGUUUUUUAAUGGACUUGACUGAGAUCUUAAGAUGGAAGCUGGCUCAAGAUCAUUACCAAGUAUCAACCAACAAUUUUUAAAAUGUGGUCCUGCUUAGCAUUUCAAGAGGAACCAUCGAACUGCAUAACAAAGUCCCUUUUAUUCUAACCUUUUAAUAGGGAUAUGAAUAUGAUAGAAUGACAUGCAACACAAAUUUUUGUCUAAUUGAAUUGCUAAACUGGUUCUUUCAGUUACAUCAUGCAAAUCUGAUCUAAUGGUAAUGGUUUUUUUGAACCAAAUUAUCAAAUUUUAAUACAAGGAAUAAACAUAAUUAUGGUAUGAAAGUUUUCUGUAGUUCAUGGUUCCAUGCUUUAUCAGCUGCUUAUCUUUUUCUUUUCGUGGUCCACUCGUUGGAGGCGUUUAAUAUUAAAACAAACACAGUUGAAAAGAAAAUUUUCUGAUGUAAAUUUUUUUAGAUGAAUUAUCAACUUGUCUUACAUCAAACACGUUAAGCCAACCA